CGAUCCAUUCUACUUGGCAGUUACUGGGAGUCCAGUUCUCCUAUGGCUUGCUUUGCUACCGGAUUUCGCAUCAUGUGAAUUGUUUCUUUGCUUAAAUUUCUUAGCUCGUGAACCUCGUGAUAGUGUUCGCCAAAGAACAAUAGCUUUACCUAUAUGUUAUUAUAUUAGCAGCCCAGAUAUGACGUUAUAAUAGGAUAAAGAGUGAGAAACAAAGAAUAAAAAUAUUAAGAGAAAAAGAGAGAGGCAGACAGACAGAACGUUCCUUACGUUAACACUGGAAAUCAUUUGUGGACUAUCUCAUUAAAUUGGAUAUUGGUAAUUAAGAAUAAAUAUAAAGUUCAAUUUUGUAAACAAAGCAAAGAACUGCCAGUGUAACGACAUGGAUUAAAUCUGCUAAAUAUCGGAGACAUUCAAAAAGAGUUUUGAAUUGGUGUACAGAGUUUAGUUGGUGCUACUUGACAUGGACAACAAGCCGGCACAACUCAAGAACUGGUUUACAAUAAUUCGAAGAAGUGUACUGGGAUCUUUGCUGUUAGCUGUAUGUACCGCGGGGAGUGGAAAUGUGAAUGAGCCGCCAACUUUUGAGACAGGCGGCUACCCUGUUGGUAAAAUUCUAUCAGAAGCGACACCUGUUGGUUCAGAAGUAUUCAGACUGAAGGGUCACGAUCCUGAAGGUUCAUUAGUCAAGUAUGGAAUCCAACUCAAUGAAAAGUUCAUUGUCGAUGAGCGCACGGGCCUUAUGACUUUAGCUAAGCCUCUCGAUCGUGAGGAACUAGAUACUAUAAGGUUUCGUGUGACACUGGAGGACUCCGUUCCUCUGGAUCAGCAGCCAAACAUCGUCGGUGUAGAGGCUUACGUAAUCGUGUUGGAUGAAAAUGAUAAUCCACCGCAAUUUUUAGAAAUUCCCUAUGAAGCGAUUGUUGAUGAGGAUACGCCACCUGGCACGACCAUUCUGCCAACCAUUCGUGUCAUAGAUCCAGACCUCAUUGGCGAGAAUAUCCAAUUAACCUGUGUUCCUCUGUUACAGUUUCCAGAUGCUUGUUCUAAAUUUAGUAUUGUUGAUCUUAAUAAGAACCAAGAUAGUUACAUUGGAGCCCUAGUUCUUAACCAGUCGUUGGAUUAUAAAGAGCGAGCUUUCUAUCAGUUUUUACUUCAAGCGAGCGAUGGCAUCAACACUAACACGACCGACGUUGAAAUUAAAGUUGGUGAUAUUCAGAACAGCCCACCUGAAUUUUUAGGAUCUCUUAUUGGAAUUAUUAAGGAGGAUGACCCGAUCGGAACUUUAGUCAUGACUGUUAAGGCUAGAGAUGGAGAUCGUGGAAUGCCCCGCAAAAUUAUCUAUGAGCUGGUUACCAAUCCUUUUGACUACUUCCUACUGGAUGCAGAGAGUGGAGAAAUAUAUACUGCGAAACCUCUUGAUCGCGAAGCGCUUGAAAAUUCGACCGGCGUACUAACUUUUGAUUUGCGAGCUCGUGAGCUCAUCGAUGAUCAGCCUGGCAACGAUAGCAGUAGUACAUUCAUUGCUAAAGCUACUAUAACUAUCAAAGAUGUCAACGAUGAACCUCCUACGUUUAAUCGUAAAGAGUACAACGUUGUUAUUCCUGAGAAUAUUGCUAAUGGUACUCUUUUACCCCACCUAGGAAUGAUAGUCCGUGACCCUGACAUGGGUUUGAAUUCAAUGUUUUCUUUGCGACUUGAUGAUAUUACCGGAGCUUUUACGAUUGAACCUGGUCAUGCGGUAGGCAGUACGUCAGUUAAUAUUCGUGUAAACAACAGUUCUCUUGAUUAUGAGGAUCCUAAUCAACGAAAAUUUAUCAUUCUUGUAGUGGCUGAAGAAAUUUAUACGAAGACUCGACUUUCUUCUACAGCAACAGUUACAAUUGGCCUAACAGACAUAAAUGACAAUGCUCCUUUAUUUUCUAGUUUUUCAUAUACAGCUCAAAUCUCAGAAACAGCCAAAUCUGGCACAUCUAUAAUCACAAUUGCAGCUAAAGAUCGCGAUAGUGGCCGUUUUGGAACCGCUGGAAUAGUGUAUGAAUUAAUAGGUCGAGGUUCUGAGCACUUUAUUACAGAUACGAUGUCGGGAACUAUUUUCGUAGCACCUUGUCUAACCCCAGGAGUAUCACCUUGUCUUGAUUACGAAGAACGGACUGAGUACUUUUUAGAUUAUAAGGCCACAGAUGACCAUGGUAAAGGACAGAUAACAACAGUGCCGCUACGGUUAGAUCUAACUGAUGCAAACGAUAGUCCACCCAAGUUUAUACAAUCAAAUUGGAGAGCAGUAAUCGACGAGGGUGCUGAUGUGUUCGAGCCACCAUUGCGCAUUCAGGCGUGCGACCCAGACAAAAGCUCUAAAAUACAUUACUUGAUAGUGGAAGGAAAUGAUCUUGGCGUCUUUAAAGUCGAUCCAACUACAGGUGAAAUCACGAUUGUCAAACAUAAUCUUCUCACCGCUACAACUAACGUCAGUGAUGAUGUACUUACACUCACGGUCCAGGCAAGCGAUGGAACUUUUGCUGAUGAAGCCGUUAUUAGUAUCACUGUACGCGACGUCAACAAUAAUGCUCCUCGUUUUGCACACGAUUUCUAUACUGCCAGUAUCUCCGAAUUAUCAGCUCCAGGUAACAUUGUGGAGGAGCUCUCAGCCACAGACGCUGACAGUGGCCUUAAUGCUCAGUUAGUUUAUAGAAUUCAGAAAGGCGGCUUCAAUGACUUUGUUAUUAACAAAACGAAUGGUGCAGUUUACAUUUCGCGUAUGUUGGACUAUGAUCAGCAAAGUGUUUAUCAUCUAGAAAUAAUAGCUUCCGAUCAAGGUUCACCUAGUCUUACUGGAACAACGACUCUUAUGAUCAGUGUAGAAAAUAGCAACGAUAAACCGCCUUUCUUUGAGCCUGAGGUCCAACGAGCUGAAGUUACGGAGGAUACUCCUAUCGGUACAGUGAUCGCAUUGUUACAAGCCUCUGACCCUGACAUUGGUAAUCCCGAAGCGCUCAAUUUCGCUAUAUCUGAACCAAUCACUGCCAUUAACCGUCAUGGCCAACCUCUCUCAAAUAAGACGAGCGCUAACUUUAAAUAUUGUUUUGCCGUGGACAAGAAAACUGGCCAGGUAUCUGUAAUCCAAAAGCUCAAUCGAAAUGUCGCUGCCACAAUUAGCCUUCCACUACUUGUUAGCGAUACCUCUGCUUCGACUUUCCAACAAGGCAAAGGCUAUCUGAUUGUAACAAUAAUAGACGUUAAUCAUUUCCCCCCGGAGUUCAAUAGUCCAUGGACACAUCAACAACCACGAUAUUCCAUAGAAAUGCAGGAAGAACAGCCGAUUGGAGCAAUCGUCGGGGCUUUUACUGCAACUGAUGUAGAUAAUAAUAUUGCCAGUUAUGCAAUUGAACCACCCAGUCCUUAUUUCCAUAUUAAUAAUGUAACUGGUAUUGUUCGAACCAGUCAAAUCAUUGACUACGAGGAAACUAAACAAUUACAGUUCACUGUCGUCGCUUAUGACACAGGAGUACCACAGCUUGUUUCGAAAGCGAAUAUUUCUGUAAUGAUUGUUAAUAUUAAUGAUGAAGAUCCAAAAUUUGAACAAGAUUUCUACAAUACUACAAUUAAAGAAAACUCUCCCCCGGGCACUCGAAUUACUGUAGUCAAAGCAUAUGAUGCAGAUGAUGGUAGUUUCGGAGAAGUUACUUACAGCUUAAUAGGAGAUCAUGUAGCAGACUUUAAUAUUGAUCAUGAAACCGGAGAAAUCACCGUUGCUGCUGCUACAGUUUUGGAUCGUGAGUUCAUACCAGAAAUAACAGUUUCAGUCAUGGCAAAUGACAAAGCUCCUUUAAGUUCACGUAGAUCUACAUCAACUCGUGUUGUCAUAAGACUUAUAGAUGUUAACGACAAUCGACCAAUCUUUACACAGCACAGUUAUCGUGCAUCGGUUGCUGAAAAUUUAUCUGUAAAUCCGCCAGCGCCAAUUUUACAAGUUAGCGCCAUUGACCCAGAUGAAGGUAUAAAUGGAGCAGUAUGGUACAAAAUAAUUAAAGGAAACGAUAACGAUUCUUUCACAUUAAAUCCUGAAACCGGAAUACUAUAUCCAGCACUUUCUUUAUUGGAUAGAGCUCAAUCUUAUCAAAUUAAAGUUGAAGCUAGAGAUGUGGCCGGUAAGGGACUCCACUCAGACACGUGUAAUAUCUACAUCCGGGUAAUUACAGUGAAUCAGCAUAAACCGCAGUUUAUUAUACCAGAAUUGCCUAAUACCACUGUUGAAGUUCCUGAAAAUGAUGAAGAGCCAAGUUACUUAGUAAUGACGAUCAAAGCCAUUGAUAAAGAUUCGGGUGACAAUGGAAAAGUUAGUUAUCACAUGAAAGUUGGCAAUAGAAAUGUCCAAGAAACUGAGGAAUUUUCAAUUAAUCAGGAAACUGGAGAGUUGCGGUCUAAAAUAAUUUUAGAUCGCGAAACUAAAAAUAAAUUUGAGAUUGUUCUGGUCGCUGCUGAUCAUGGAACUCCUACCGCUUAUGAAACGCUUCGCCUACUGACUAUUGUUCUCAUUGAUGCGAAUGACAAUGCACCAGAAUUUUUUGAAGAAUACCAUUAUAGCGUUCCUGAAAAUCAUCUUAAGAAUUAUUAUAUCGGUAAAGUCACUGCAGAAGAUAAAGAUGAGGGAAAAAAUGCUAAAGUAUAUUACUAUAUAAAGUCUGGAAAUAAGAACAAAUCUUUCUACAUCAAUAAGUCAGAUGGAAGUAUUUAUACAAAUUGUUCGUUUGAUCGUGAACAGUACGACAGUUAUCUGCUUACAAUUCUUGCAGCAAAUGAUCCAGAUCUUUAUAUCGAAACAAAAGAUUUCGAUCAUUUGCGUAAGAAUCCAGAACAUGGAUACGUUAAUGUCACUAUUAAAAUUUUGGAUGAGAACGAUAAUCCUCCAAUUUUUCAACAAAGUACCUAUUAUGCUGGCGUUAAUACUGUAGCAAAUAUAAAUGAAUUAGUGACUAAAAUUACAGCAUCAGAUGCUGAUUUAGGUGAGAACGGCACCCUUCAAUUUUAUGUUGCGAGUGCUAACCUUUACAAACAUGGAUCGUAUUCAUCAAGUGGAUCAAUUGUACCAAGUCCAUUUAAUAUUACUCAUGACGGAAAACUUGUAACAAGCAGUUACAUGGCUGAAUAUAAUCAAGACCGUUUCAUUAUUGAAAUUGUUGCUAAAGAAAUUGCUUCACCUGAGAGAUUCGUAAUAGCCAAAGUUUACAUAUGGAUAUUCGAGCCACGUCAACUUAUACGUGUCAUAGUAUCUCGAUCACCGGAAGAAGUAAAUCGUAAUAAAGAUGAAAUAAUAUUAAAAUUGUCCAAUGCUACUCGUAAUAAAGUAGUAGUAGAUGAUAUACGUUAUCAUGUUGACUCCUCUGGUCAUAUUCGUCGUGAAUGGUGUGACAUAUAUCUACAUGUAGUCGAUACUAAAACGCAAACUAUUUCGCCCAUACCGCAAGUUUUAAAAAUUAUUGAUUCAAAAUAUAAUUUUUUGAAAGAUUAUUAUACUGGCUUAGCAAUCGAGAACGUUAUACCAGCAUAUAUAGGUGUUCAAGAAGACUCAUUUGAUAUCGCAUUAGUGGCACUUGUAGCUUUAAUGAUGGUACUUCUGAUUGGCAUAGUUACGAUUAUAAUCGUUUGUUGCUACUUCAAACACUGGGUGGUUCGAUUUCCGAAUGACAUAAGCAAAAAAGAUGGUCUCAUUAAACAACAAAUUAUCGACGAACUUAAUACAACUGAAAACCCACUUUGGAUUGAACAAAAAAUGAAGUUAUAUGAAGAGCAAGAGCUAACCAUGCAUGUAUUCAGUGAGCCUGAAUCUGGUUUAAGUGUUAACAGACGUGGAAGUAAUCUGAGCCUUGUAAUGGGUGAUACAUCGCAUGAUAACAUGUAUGCUACGAUACAACAACCACUAUCAUCCAAAGCUUUUUCUUCUUCUACACCAGAUUACACAACUCUUCCAGAACAUGCUAACUUACAUGAUUCAACAAUGGGCUUUCAAGGAUCAACAUUCCAACCAUCCGCAAUGUCUCAAUUAACAUUAGAUAAUGAUGGACAACCUCAACUUGUUUCAGGCUUGGUCUAAAUUGCUUUAUAAUGAAAUUCACACAAUUUGGAAAUAGAAAACUUUUAAAAUUGAUGCGCAGAAAAAAAUCAUUUGAGACAUAAUUUAGAAGUAUUAUUAGACAGACGAGGUAAAAUAUUACCGAUGCAGUUACCUAUUCGGUGAAAUAAGAAGAUAAAAUAUGCUCAAAUUUAUAGACUAUUAAUAUACUGUAUGGCAUAGUACCCGAACUUUAUAAUA